GCACGCUCCGCCGCCGCUAUGGUCUCCGUGCCCACUGCCUGGUGCUCCGUCGCUCUAGCCCUGCUCGUGGCCCUGCACGAAGGGAAGGGCCAGGCUGCUGCCACCCUGGAGCAGCCGGCGCCCUCACCCCACGCCCGAGGCGCCCACCUGCGGCUUCGCCGUUGUUCCUGCAGCUCCUGGCUCGACAAGGAGUGCGUCUAUUUCUGCCACCUGGACAUCAUCUGGGUGAACACUCCCGGACAGACAGCUCCUUAUGGCCUGGGAAACCCGCCAAGACGCCGGCGCCGCUCCCUGCCAAGGCGCUGUGAGUGCUCCAGCAUCAGGGACCCCGCCUGUGCCACCUUCUGCCAUCAAAGGCCCUGGGCUGAAGCCGGGGCAGUCCCAAGCGGCAAGUUUCCUGCAGACGUGUUCCAGACUGGGAAGACGUGGGCCACUGCAGGAGAGCUCCUCCAGAAGCUAAGGGACAUUUCUGCAGCCAAGAUCCACUUUGCCAAGCGACAGCAGGAGGCGACAAGGAAGCCCAGGCCCACACACUCCAGGUGGAGGAAGAGAUAG